AUGGCAGACCACCUCAUCGGCAUGCUGCCCCCUGUCCCCGAUUGCGUCACCAGUGCGCGCAUUCUCCUCAUAGCCACCGUCUUCUUUCUCGGCGUUGUCGCAAGGCUGCUGCGUAACCUGGCGCCUCACGGCACCCGGCGCGGCCUGUCCAUCCAAGUCACGGACAGCGCGGCAGCGCAUCGCGCGCUGGUGGAGCACAGCGCCUCGUUCCUCAACCGCCCCAUUGGCGUCGUUCCUAGCGGCAUCCUCACGGUUGAGCGCCACUACAACAUCCUGGCGGCGCCGUACGGUCCCUACUGGCGCGCCGUCCGCCGCAAUGUGACUGCCGGCGUCCUCCGCCCCUCCAACCUCGCCCUGCUCGGCGACACCCGCGCCCGCGUGCUCGGUCACCUCGUGCGUGACCUGAGGUCCGGCGCCCCGGCAGCCGAGAGCAUCUAUUUCUCCGUCUACUCUCUGAUCGCGGAGAUGUGCUUCGGCGAGGAGGUCGUGUCGGAGCUAGGGGAGACACGCCUCCGUGCCAUGCACAAGCUACAGACUGACUUCCUCUCCGUGUUGCCUUCCUUUGGGGUCUUCGUCAGGUACCCGAGGAUGGGCAAGCUCCUCUACCCUUCGCGGUGGCGCCAGCUUCUGGCUCUCCGGCGGCGGCAAGACGAAUCUUACCUGCGGCUCGUCGCCAAGGUGAAGAAGAGUAACACUGACCGGAAGGACGACAGUCGUGUGAAGACUUAUGUGGAGUCCCUCCUGGACCUACGUAUCCUUGAAGAUGGCGGUAGGGCCCUCACCGAUGGCGAGUUCGUCAGCCUCAUCUCGGAGUUCCUCGGCGCCGGGACUGAGACCACCGCUAGCACGCUACAGUGGACGAUGGCCAACCUCAUCAAACGCCCCGACCUACAGCAGAAACUCCGCGCAGAGGUCGACGCCGUUCCCUGCGACCAGCGCAGCAUCAUCGAGGAGGCCGAGCUGUCGUGCAUGCCCUACCUCAAGGCCACCUUGCUCGAGAGCCUGCGCCGCCACCCGCCGCUUCCGUUCGUGCUGCGCCAUGUGGACCGUGAGGUGGCCGCCAAGGUGCUCGGCUUGACCAACGUGCCGGAAGGCGGCGCGGCCGUGAAUUUCCUCGUGGGGAAAAUCGGCCGCGACCCCGCGGCGUGGUCGGAUCCGACUGAGUUCAAGCCGGAGCGCUUCAUGUCUACCGACGGGUACUGCAAGAACGCCGACCUAACUUGCACGAGGGAGCUCAGAAUGAUGCCAUUCGGUGCCGGGAGGCGGGCCUGCCCGGCGGUCGCGCCGGCCAUGCUGCACCUAGAGUACUUCCUGGCCAAUCUGAUCAAGGAGUUCGAGUGGUGGGAGGCCGACGGCAACGGCAAUGCGGUUGACCUCACCGAGUUCCACGGCUUCUUUGUUACCAUCAUGAACCGCCCGCUCCGUGCGCGUCUCGUGCCUCGCCAAGCGGAAUGA